UCUCGUGCUCCUUCGUUUCUCAACCGAGCCCCGUCAAUAUUGGUAUAAAUGGGUGUCUGUGCUUCGUGUCUGGGGGUUGGUCGUCGUCGGGACAGUCAGGAUGUAAGUCUGAGAAAGACUUCAAGAUUUGAAAGAUAGAUCAUGCGAUAUGUCUUCUGAGUCCUCCCAACGCCUCCUCGAUGACGAUAUCUACCAGCCGGGCUAUGGAUAUGGCGCGUUAAACAAUUCCACCCAAGACAAUCACCCUGAUACCGGAUACUUGAAGCGUGAACGAGAAGCGCUCGAAGCAAUCUGCCAACGGACGUCGGACUCUGUCAUCGAUAUCUGGUCCCUCCAGCCCCAGCCUCAUCUACAACCCCGAGCGACUCUCCACGGUCCCGUGUCCCCAGCCUCCUCUCGAGCCGGUACAAAAGACGAUGUUCCCGUAAGAGUAACCACUACUCCCCCAGCAUCAGAGGCCGGUUCUUCUGCCCAGAAACCUGGUUCUCCGAAACCAGGCGCCGUUCCAAAACACUGGGGGGAGGUGGUCAUAAAUCCGCGUAAGGGUAAAUCGCAGCAACCCGACGAUAAUGCCCGUGAUGUGUUUGGUGUUCUGAAGGUCACGUAAUUCGGGGUUGACAACGGACGAUAUGAUGGUUGAUAACUGGGGGUUUGUGAUCCUUAUCUUCUUUCUCUCGCAUAGGUCGCCGGUCGACGGUCGAUGUCUUCCCCUCUUUCUUCUUGUCAUGCACGCCUGCCGUGUCUUUGUUUCUUUCCUUUCUUUUCCCUUUCUUAAAUGCCACCCAUCGCCCUAGAGAUUCUGUUCUAAUACCCUGGCUGUAUUUUCUAUUUCUUUUGUUCGGUCUGCUUCGUUA